CUCCUCCUCCAGUGAUUAGAAAUAGCCAUAUCAGCCGGCCGUGUGAGCCAGAGUAAGAGUUUUACUAGCCCAGUAUAAAUAUCACCCGCAUCGUCACGGCCGUCUCACACAGAAAUGGUAUUCAGGCAAUCAAGCUGCUCGGGCUCAACGCUCCUCAUCCUGGUGUUGAUUCUGGGAUUAGGAUUACCCAAUGCCCAUGGGUAUAGCUCGAAGGAUCUGUUGACCUGGAUGCAGGCUAGUAACUUUGGUUACCAGGUGCUAAAGCAGGCUUUGAAUGACAACCAAUCCUCGACGGCUUCUGAGGCUUCUUGUCUGGCUGAGGUUAGAUUGCUGCUAAAAGGAGCAGAGGAGAAAUCCUUGCCAGCUCUGAGGGUUUUUGAUGCCUGGGGAAAGUUCCCGCAAGGCCUGCUCUAUGGCCACUUUGUGGACAUGGGCAACUAUGAAUCCUGUCUUAGUUUGGAUCUUAGCCGAAGUCUGGGAAGUACUGUAACUAUCAAUGCCGGAUCUAAGUAUUGUCUCAGCAAUAUACAGUUUGAGAGUUUGCUUUUGGAAUCAGUGGGUUCCGCUGCCCUCACUCUAAGAAUUGGAACCUGUAUGCCUUCCUCCUGUAGUGCUGACCAACUCAAUCGAUGGCUCCAAGGACAUCUGGAGGAUAUGUUUGGCGAGAACUCUACAGGAGUUACUUUGGUGCAGGAAAAUGACUGCUCCUUGGCUCAUAGAGAUCCCAUGGAUGGGCUCGACUGGUUUGCAGUAUCUGUCCUAAUCGUAUUGUGUGUUUUGGUACUCCUAGCCACAAUUUUUGAAUAUGGCGGAGUUUCCAACAAGAUCCUUGGAUCCUUCUCCCUACUCACAAACUUACCCCAAUUACUGAAGACAUCGAACACACCUUCACCCCGUGUGAUUCCCUGCCUGAACGGCAUUCGUUGUUUAACCAUCAUUUGGAUCAUUCUUGGCCAUGGCUAUAUGUACCUUCUACUGUCGCCCACUAUCAAUGCUUAUGAGAUAGUGGCCUGGGCCAAGACCCCUUUCUCCAUGGUCUUGCAGAGCGGUUCUACCUCUGUAGACACAUUCUUCCUUCUAAGCGGAUUGCUGCUGGUUUUGACCACUCUUCGUGAGUUGGACCGCACCAAAGGACGUCUCCAUGUUCCACUCAUGUAUCUGCACCGCCUGGUGCGAUUGACUCCCGUUUUGGCCUUGGCGGUGCUCAUCUUUAUGACGCUUUUUAACCGAUUGGAUAGCGGUCCUUUGUGGCAGCAGUUCACUGGCUCAUCGGAUCUUUGCAGCGAUACUUGGUGGGCAACGUUGCUCUAUGUGCAAAAUUAUGCAGCUCCUGGAAGGAUGUGCCUGGGUCAUUCUUGGUAUCUGGCAGUCGACAUGCAACUUUAUAUUAUUUCACCGCUACUUCUGAUAGCCCUUUACAAAUGGGGCAAAAAGGCUGUAGGAGGGAUUGUCCUCCUAAUCCUUUUGCUCUUUGGCUGCGUCUUCAGUAUAAUAAUCUUCAAUGAUCUGCAUGUUUUUGUCAAAAAAGGAAACCUGGGAGGUGAUAGCCCACAGAUGCGCCUGAUUUACUACACCACCCAUGCCAGAGCCACUCCUUGGUUGAUUGGUCUGCUCUUUGGAUACUUUCUGCAUCAUCAGAAUGGAAGGAAGAGUCGUCUGCCCAAGUGGUUGGCUUUGAUCCUGUGGAUCCUCUCCAUCUCUCUUCUGGGCACUGUGAUCUAUGCUGUAUAUCCUUAUACCCAAGAUGGUGUCGAUGAAAUUUCUCCACUAGCAGGGGCUUUCUAUCUGUGCCUGAGUCGCAUUGCCUGGCCUUUGGGCUUGUGCUGGAUCAUCUGGGCUUGCCAGAAUGGUCUGGCUCCUGUUGUUAAUGAUCUGCUAAGCUGGUCCUUCUGGCAACCUAUCUCCAAGUUAUCCUACUGUCUGUAUAUAUGGCAUUUGCUGGUGGAAACGGUUCAUAUAGCCCGCAUUAAGACGAGUUUGCACUUUUCAGAUUACGAUGCUAUCCUCCGCUUUUGGUCUGACUUUGGCAUCACUAUGCUGGUGUCCCUAUUUAUGCAUCUUUUUGUUGAGGUUCCAUUCUCACGACUUGAAAUGGAACUGCUUAAAAAACGCAGAAAUGCGGAGGCCAAUAAACAAAUUCCUUCUAUAGAGACCUCCACUGAGCCCGUGGAAGUAAACCAAGCAACUAGCAUAUCCCGACAAAAUCUAGUUGAACCUUAAAAAAUGAUUUUAACUUGGUUAGUUAAUUUGAUUGAUGUAAAUAUUUUACUUUUUAAGUUGAACUGACUAUUAACGAUGUUAAUGAUAUUGUGAUUAUAAAAUGUGAAAUAUGCUUUUAAAUAAGAUUUAUUUCGUUUAUUUAUAAAUUUUAUAGAAUUUUACAUAUAUAUAUUCUAUUUUACAUCUGCCUAUGUAGAUAUUUACAAAGAUUUUCCGUGAUGGCAGCAAAUUAAAAUCCCUAAAAGUAUGCAAAGCAAAAAUUAAAUGUCAAGCAAUGUUUGAAGAACAUUUAAGUUGAGUGCUUAACAAGAACAUUUCCGGUACUUAAUUCACAAUUUCCGCCUUUAAUGUGUAGCUGCAUAUUUAAGUUAUUUAUUUAUGAAAAUGUACAAGAAAGUUCAUACAUCUUCACUAGUAAAUACCAUACGUAUGCGUAAUUUAUUUGCUGCCAAGUCUCUAAUGUUACUUUUCAUAUUAAAAAAGAUAAUUUUUUGGCUAAAUUCUUUUAGUAACUUAAUUCAAAUAAGAACUAUACCUAAUUCACGUCCUAAUUAAGAUCUUUCCUUCCACGUUCACUAUAAAUAAA